UCUCAUUAACCCCCAAUAACGAGAAUGGUUAUUGACUCUCUCACUACCCCUAUAAAAAUAUCUCUCCUCCAAUCUUUAUGGACUACUUUCUCUCUCCCACACACUCGUACAAAAGGAAAAAAAAAGCUAGCCAAGUUCUUCUUCUCUUUCUAUAAUGCAGGACCAAUGUGUACUAAAGCUAGAACACUGGUGCUCAUUUGAGAAGGCAGUGAUGGAGUCUGAUAAAUUUUCUGCAGAUAGAAAUCAGCCUUUGGACAUGGGAUCAUCAGAGCCACCAUUUCAAGACACUUACAAGGCUCUCUUCGACGACUACGUCGAUGCAGAGUCAAAGUAUGAGAAAAAUGAUGUUGUCAUCGUUGCAGAAUGUGAGCUACCGAUGGUUGAUCUUAGUCGGUUAAAUCUCGGGGAAGAGGAGAGAGAAGAUUGCAAGAGAGAGAUAGCCAAAGCUUCACAAGAUUGGGGGUUCUUCCAAGUGGUGAACCAUGGAAUUUGUCGCGAGAUUUUGGAGAAAAUGAGGAGAGAGCAGAUGAAGGUGUUCAAGAGGCCGUUUUGUGAGAAGAUCAACGACGAGUUUAUGAACUUCUCCGAAGGUAGUUACCGGUGGGGAACACCGUCGGCGACUUGCCUGAAACAGUUGUCUUGGUCUGAAGCAUUUCAUGUUCCUUUGGCUCAUAUUUCUGGUUUGGGUGGUCUCACCAAUCUCAGCUUGACCAUGGAACAGUUUGCCACAACAGUUUCAGACCUAGCACAAAAGCUUGCAGAAAUAUUGGCUGAGAAAAUGGGUCACAAAUCCACAUUUUUCAAAGAAAAUUGUUUGCCAAAUACUUGCUAUCUCCGAAUGAAUAGAUACCCACCAUGUCCAAUAUCUUCAGAGGUCUUUGGAUUGAUGUCACACACUGAUAGUGAUUUCCUCACAAUAUUGCAUCAAGAUCAAAUUGGUGGAUUGCAAUUAGUCAAAGAUGGGAAUUGGAUUGCUGUUAAACCAAAUCAAGAUGCCCUAAUUAUUAACAUCGGUGACUUAUUUCAGGCAUGGAGCAAUGGAGUUUAUAAGAGUGUUCAACACCGGGUUGUCGCCAACAAGCUAGAGGAAAGAUUCUCCACCGCAUAUUUCUUCUGUCCAUCCUAUGAUACUGAGAUUCAAAGUUGUGUUGAGCCCUCUGUCUAUAGAAGGUUUAGUUUUAGAGAAUUCAGACAAGAAGUCCAAGAAGAUGUCAAAAAAUUUGGUUACAAAAUAGGACUUCCUAGCUUUCUUGUUCAAAAUUAAGCAGAUGGAUUUGAUUUUUGCAACCAAAUUAGGGUUUUUAGAAGGUAUAUAGUCAUCAUAUAGUAACUUUAUAGUAAAUGAAAUGGGUGGUUUUGUUUUUGUUUUUAGUGAUUUAGGAAUGAUGAUUUACGUAGAGCAUAGCAUAUUUCUUCACCAUUGAUAUCAGCAACUAUGACUCAUUGUAAAGAUGUUUAGUUUGGGAAGGUGAUGUAUGUUUUUGUCCAAUCUUAUUCUUGUGCAUUGAAAUGUGAAGCUAAUAGAUGCAAUUUAAUAUCA